UUGCUCGCAGCUCUUUCCUCUCCGCCCAAGAGAAGAAAGAGGAGAGAAAAAAAAAAUUUAGGGUUUUGUCUCAAUCCGCCCUCUCCGAAUUCACCCCUGGUCGUGGAUCAAGGGUUAGGUGUUGUGUCUGGUAUUCAAUUAUUCAAUCGUUGCUCAAUCUGAACAAGAGGCUCGGUGAAGUUUUUGGUGCUAAAUUUUUAUUGCUAUCGAAAAUUGAGGCUUUUCUUGUGAGAUCUAGGGUAGAGAAUAGCAGCGGGAAGCGGAAGAAAUUUUUAAUUUUUUUGGUUUCUUAGGAUUUCUAGGAUGACCCUGAAUGUAUCAUCCUACCCGGGUUUUCCGGCUUCAGUCUGCUCUGAUGAUGAUUUUGAUUGGACGAUUUGGGAUAUCGGGACGGAGAACUGUGGCAAACCUUGUUUGUUGAAUCGGGGGAAAAGUGAUUACUAUGAGAAUGUAGAGGGAAGAGAUUGGGUCGACCCGAUUGAUUUGUUACCGGCUGAUCCGUUUGGGAUGGGCCUAGGUUCCAAUCUUGCUGCAGCCAUUGUUGGUUGGUUUGAAGAUCUUGGAGCUAAUUCAAGUGAUCGUAAGUUUUAUUGUUGGAAUGGGGAUUCUCGAAAUGCUUCUGGUGGUUGGUUUGAUGAUGGGUUCUUUGGAGUAUCUGGAGGCCAAAAUGGCACGUUUGAGUUUGUUGUUGGGGCUGAGGAGACUUCGACUGCUACGGUUCCUGCAGAGGAGUCUUAUCCACAUGAGGGUUUAGUACUCUCUCUUGGUUAUUUGGGUGUGCAAGAUUUGCUUUCUGUCGAAAAGGUGUGUAGAUCACUUCGUUCGGCUGUUCAGAGCGAUCCUUUGCUGUGGAGAUGUAUUCACAUUGUUUCUCCUUUGAGUGCGAGGAUAACGGAUGAUACUCUUCUGAGGUUGACACGAAGAGCUCAUGGAAGUUUGCAGUGCUUGAGCUUGGUAGGAUGCUCGAGGAUCACUGAUGAUGGGUUGAAGAAGGUUCUUGAGAGCAACCCAAGACUUCAAAAGUUGAGUGUAUCGGGAUGUCUCAGGCUAAGUUUGGAUGGUGUCAUUAGCAAUCUCAAGGCUUUCAAGUCUUCAGGUUUGACGGGGAUAAAACACCUCAAACUUGGCAGACUGUUUACUGUAUCACCUGAGCAAUAUGAAGAGUUGUGGAUAUCACUUGGCUGUGGUGAUGAGACAGGGAAGCCUAAGCUAUCGAACCCAAGGUUUUAUCAUUGUAGCGUCUCUUCAAUUGCCUGUGAUGAUGAUCGUGCACUUGAUAUUGAGUUAUGUCCUGGAUGUCAGAACUAUAAGCUGGUUUUUGAUUGCCCUUCAGAAAGUUGUCAAGCGAAAGGGCCGGAGAGCUGUAGGGCAUGUUUUGUUUGUAUUGGGAGGUGUGCGCAAUGUGGGAGGUGUGUGAAUGACUGCAGUUUUGUGGAAAAUUUCUUCCUUGAAUAUAUUUGCUCUGGCUGUUGGAAGCAAGCAUCACCAAGUUCUCAUGAGUGAAAAGGUUUUUGGCAUGCUUUUGUUUUCUGAGAUGUGGCGUCAUAUGAAGAUGGACCUUCUAGCCAUAUGUAUGUGCACAAGAAUAGAUGUUAAAAGCCAUGUAAAAAGAACGAAUAAAAAGGAGGAAAAAGAAAGAAUAUGAAGAUCCCAAGUUGAAGUGUCAGCGAGGGGGAAAAAGGGAUAGCUUGUGUUUGUAACAUUUUGAAGUUCCACGAGCAUCUUUGAGGUAGCUGUGACUGUGAGGAUGAUAUCUUCGAAGUUGAGGUUUGAAGAUGAUGGUUUUACAAGUUUUUUAUUGACUAUGAUUUUCGACGAUAUAUGUGCACAGCAAUAGAUGGAAAAAAACCAUAAAAAAGAACAAGAAAAAAGGAAAAAAAUAAAAAGAAAAAAAGAAAAAAAGAAGAAAACUAUGACAGCCCAAGUUUAAGUGUUAGAGAGAGAAAAAAGGGGAUAGCUUGAUGUUCGUAAGAUCUUGAAGCCAUGAACAUCUUUGAUGUGAUUGUGAAGCCUUGAACAUCUUUGAUGUGAUUGUGAGGAUGAUAUCGUCAGUGAUGAGGUGCAUUGAUUUUGGGUUCUCUAGGUUCUUGCUGGCUGAAUAUUUCUAACCUCUUUCAUACCUAUAUUACCUAUAGAAAUAUUCAGUCCAUCUUUCUUACAGGGUUGCUGUUGAUUACAUGGAGAUGCACAGAGUCCAGUGGAUGGUUAGACUUCUCGAGUGCCAGGCCACAGGCUAUUAGUACCGAUGGAUGGUGGAAGCAGAGCUUCUUGCCAUAUAUUAUACAAUGUUGAGGAUAUUUUUUGCCUUUCACAUGCUAGUAUUUGAGUAUGCUCUCACUGGGCGUGUAGAGGUUAUUGAAGUGUAGCAAAAUGUACUUUGCUCUUUGGUUGUCUUGGCAAGUUUUGAUGUUGAUAUUGUAUGGACAUGGGUGGUUGUGAUCGAACGAGGGCGUGCAACCUGAUUUGUGUCGUACUGUCUAUUACAAAUGAUGAUAUAUUGAUAAAGGUUAUAUAUGAGGAGGAAAAUUGUCUUUGUAUUUUUAUGAAUAUUCUUUAGUUGGAACUCUGUCUCUCAA